AUGCAGAAAGCCUUCAUGGCUCCUUUCCAAUCACAGGUUGGCAUGCACUUUGACAAGCACCGCACGAAGAGCCAGACAUGCAACCUCUUCGUUUAUGGUGCUGCCGGUUUCGUGCAGGAGAUGAGGUGUUGGGGCGUCCAGCACGUCGGCAACAUCGUGGCCAACCUGUACACGGGAACGACCAAAAACCCUGAUAACCUCAUCCUCGACAGCGAGGGCGAUGCUGGAGAGCCUCAGCUCAUCGGAAACCCGGAGAGCCUGAUGUUUCUCAACAUCUCCUCCUACGCAGGGGGCAAGGCACAUCUAUGGCAGAGCGAGUGUGAUGUAGGCGUGGACCCACCCCCUCCAUCCGGGACGCUGAGUGAGGAGCAGGACCCUGGCGAUGGAAAGCUUGAAGUGGUGACACUGCCACUCAUCGCAAACAUCGCCUUGGACAACCUGGUCCACCAGGCGAGAAGAGUUUGCCAAGGUGAAUCCUACUUCCUUGAGUAUUUCAAGAACGACGAUGGCAUGAACAUCUAUUUUGAGGUAGACGGUGAGUUCUACCACGCCGUAAACCCAGACAGCACCGUGGUGAAGCUCUACAAGAAGCUGCAGGUUCUCCAGAAGAACAAGCUCGACGUAGAGGAAUCAGACAGC